AGGAAAAUCCUCGUGAAACCAGGAUCGAUUAACACGGAUUUCUCAGUUACCUCGGAGACUUUCGUCGCGAGGACAAUCGCGGACAACGGGCUGGAAAGAAAUAAUAAACGUCGUUUCUCGCGCGUCAUACGCGGUUUAUAAAAGUCGACGGAGUGGGAAUCGAACAAAAUCACCGGCUGUUUUACGUGUCUACGUAUCGGGGCCGAGUUCAGUUUCCUUUCUUGCCGUGUUUGAGGAUGAUAUCGACCAAGACCGGCGUCGAGACACCGUUCGAUCACGGACUUUUGAAAUCUCCCGCGUACCCUCUCGAACGUAGCGAUGUUCUUCAAUGAAAAGUUGCGAGAAAAUUGAAAGUGAUGUACUCGAAAUGAUCGGGAGAAAAGGAGCUUUCCAUUGGUGACAGAGAUUGCUGGGACAAAUGAAGCUGGAUGAAGAAAAGUGAUUGUGUUCUAACGUUUCGUUUUGAAGCGAAAGCAGAUAGUCUCUGGAAGAUUCAUCGAAAAAGAAACUUUGUGUCGAGUCGCAGAAUCACUUGAAAAUUCUUUACAGUUCCUGGGGAUAUGUUCUGAUUCUAUGACGCCUCAAUGAUCACUUCAUUUAUCAACAAUAAAUUGAAAAACGUGAAGAAAAAUUGCUCAAUGAAAUGGAUCUCGGAAUACUAAGACAAAUGUUUAUUGGAAUUAUCUGCAACCUUCUGGUGAUCGAUAGCGGAUUGAACGAAGGAUGGAGCACUCCUAUCAUACCAAAGUUCCAACAAGACGAUCCUUUAAAGGUGUCCACCGAUCAAAUAGUCUGGGUGGUGAAUUUGAUGUACGUUGGAGUUGGUCUUGGUUCGCUUGUACCGUUUCUUUUGAUGGACAGGAUUGGUCGUAAGGGAACUUUGCUGUUCGCUACGAUACCAAAGAUUUCCAGCUGGUUUCUGAUCGGUCUGGCAGACACCAUUCCGCAACUUUACGCGGGUCGAAUAUUGGCAGGCGUUGGGUGCGGGAUAACGUACGCGGUGAUGCCGAUGUAUCUCGGCGAGGUUAGCAGUAAAAGGACACGCGGUCCUUUAGGUACACUGAUGGCGGUGCUGUUGAACACGGGCAUGAUGUUAGCGUACGCGAUCGGUCUAUGGGUGUCACGGUUUACCAUGUCCAUGAUAUCGGUCGCGAUUCCCAUCUUGUUCCUCGUGAUGUUCGUCUGGUUACCGGAGAGUUCCGUGUUCCUCACGAAGAAGAAGAAGCUUACGUCUGCGGAGAGAACGUUAAAAUGGGCAUUGGGCAAAGAGGACGUGGUGGAGGAACUGGAGGAGAUCAAACGGAUCGUGGCUACGGAGGAUUUGAAGCCGGAUAUGACGUUUGCUGGAUCUUUGAAGGAGAUGUUCACGAAAAGACAGAAUCUGAAAGCUUUUCGCAUAGCUCUGAUAGUAUUGAGCGCUUUAACGCUAACGGGCGCUGCGCCACUUCUCGCUUAUCAGUCAUUUAUUUUCGAAGAGGCUGGCUUUGAUAUUUCCACAAAUAUCAGUAUAGUGAUCACCGGAUGCGCGAUUGUGUUAGCCGGUGCGGUGUGCGUAGCGUUGGUGAGGAUUACAGGCAAAAGGUUGUUGCUUCUGAUCUCAGCGCCAAUUUGCGUCUUGUCCCUGAUGAUAAUGGGCAUCUUCUUCGGGCUGCUGUCGAGAGGAGAGGACGUCUCGAAUCUGCGAUGGGUGCCCUCCGUGUUCUUGGUGAUUUAUGUGCUUGGAUACGGGCUCGCUUUGAAUCCUAUUCCGCUCGCAUACGUCGGUGAAAUCUUUCACAUAGAUGUGAAGGUACCAGCGGCGAUAUUCUGCUCUCUCUAUUACGCCAUUACCACAACCACCGUCGUGAAAUUCUAUCAGGUUUUGCAAGAGUCCUAUGGAACAUUCAUGCCUAUGUUUGCCUUCACUGCGAUUACUGCUUUCGUAUGGCUCUUGAUUUAUCGAUACGUACCGGAAACGGAAGGGAAGACUUUGGAAGAGAUACAGACCGAAUUGAAGAGCAAAAAUUAAUAUCAUGAAUAUUGAAAGAAAUAAAUAUUUUUA